AUAGAAAGACCUAGGGUGUAGUGCAAAAGGUUAAAAAAGAGAGUAAAAAUGAAAACAGAAGAGAGACAUGUGAUAGAACACAGCGUUUGGCGAAACUUGUUCAUCGGUUCAGGGAAAGCGAUUUGUGAAGAUGAUUCAUCAGCGUGAAAAGACAGAUAUCUGUCUAAUAUGUGGUGAUAAAGGAGAUCCGAAGUGCCACGUAUAUUGCGUCGAAUGUAAAGCGUGUGUUCAGCAUAGAUAUUGUUUAGACGAGUUCUAUACAGAAGAUGAUGGAACAAUUAUCUGGAAAUGUGAGGACUGUGCACCACGUAACCCCAAAAGAUGGGGAUCUGAAGAAUUAAGAAGAAGCAAGCGUGUAACUCAUGUUGCUGAAGCAAAAUAUAGAAGGAUAGAAAUGAAAAAGGAGAGGUUUGCAGUUAGAAAACCAAAAUCUGUUAGAUCAUCUGAAGGUUUUCAUACCGAAUGCCAUAGGAAAAAUGACAUUGAGAAGAGACAACCGAUCCUUGAAGACAAUGGCAUCUAUUAUGAGGAGCCUGAAUCACCUAAAGGUCCUAUAAAUAUGUUAACUGACGAGCAAGCAUUGGAGCAUGGGAAAUAUGUUUACUCUGAAGCCUUAACGACUCAAGACCAUAGUUAUCCAGAAUUUGACAAGCCUAGCCGUGCUCACCCACUUAGUGAUCCAGUUUGGACGGGACAAUUUAUAUUGAACAACGCAACAAAUUUUGGUCUUGUUGCUUAUGCGUCAGGCGGAGCUUGCUCAAAAGUGCAUUUGGCAGUGACAGAGCUUCCUAAACUGCUUGACGUGGAGAUGUUAUCAAGGCGUGGUAUUUGGCCUGAGAGGUUUGAUAUGUCUCCUCCUAACGGUGAUAGUAUUGGUCUCUAUUUCUUUCCACAUUAUGAAAGGGAUGAGUUAAUUUUUGAUGGUGUGAUGAAUGAUGUAAUUGAACAAGAAUUUGCUCUCAAGGCGGUCAUUAACAACAUAGAGCUCCUCAUUUUUUCUUCACAUCUAUUACCUCCAAAUGAUCGGAGAAUUUGUGACAAGUAUUAUUUGUGGGGUGUUUUCAAACCAAAGUCUGUCGUUGGGGAUAUUAGGCCCAAUUAAUCCCCUGAACAGAAACAGUUUGUGGCUUCUUAAUCUGCCGUUUCAACUCUAUGAAAUCUCGUAUCAGGUCAGAUUGAGCAUAUUUUCACAGGUCAGUAUACAGGGGUCUAUGAUUUAGAAAAUUUGCUAUAACAGGCAUUUAAUUCAAUCACUUACCUAGUUUUCCAGGAAUUUGUAAAAAGCUUUAUUUGUGGGAUGUUUUCAAGUAACUUUUUCAGCUUAAAUGUAUACAACAUUUUUCAUCAACUAUAUAUAAAAUUGUUUGUAAAACGCUACCCUUGAUAGCUAGAGCUUCUUUGUGGUCUUUGUUCCCAUCAGCACGAGAUAAUAGUUCAAUUGUGGGU